GCGGGUCUAGGGCCGGAAGCAGGGAGGGCGCAGGAAGCGGGGCGCCGCAGUCGGUCGCACUGUUGGUCCGUGGGUUUACCAGUGGCCCGGGAGGGAUGGAGAAGCUGCGGCUCUUGGGCCUCCGCUACCAGGAGUACGUGACUCGUCAUCCGGCCGCCACGGCCCAGCUGGAGACGGCGGUGCGAGGCCUCAGUUACCUGCUGGCAGGUCGCUUCUCCGAUUCGCACGAGCUGUCAGAACUGGUGUACUCAGCCUCUAACCUGCUUGUGCUGCUCAAUGACGGGAUCCUGCGGAAGGAACUUCGGAGAAAGUUGCCAGUGUCGCUGUCCCAGCAGAAGCUGCUGACAUGGUUGAGCGUGCUGGAGUGUGUGGAGGUGUUCAUGGAGAUGGGGGCCGCCAAGGUGUGGGGCGAAAUGGGCCGCUGGCUUGUCAUCGCCCUCAUCCAGCUGGCCAAGGCUGUCCUUCGGAUGUUCUUGCUGCUCUGGUUCAAGGCUGGCCUCCAGACCUCACCCCCCAUUGUUCCCCUGGACCGGGAGACCCAGGCACAGCACCCAAAUGGUGAGCACAGCCCUGGUGACCAGGAGCGGUCCUACGUGGGAAAGCGGUCCCAGCGAGUGGUGCGCACGCUUCAGAACACUCCGUCCCUGCACGCCAGGCACUGGGGAGCCCCCCGGCAGUGCACGGCUCAGCCGCAGCGACACGAAGAGCUGAGUGUCCCCCCAACGCCCCUGGGGCUGCAGGAGACCAUCGCAGAGUCAUUGUACAUAGCGCGGCCUCUCCUGCACCUUCUCAGUCUGGGCCUCUGGGGUCAGCGGUCGUGGACACCCUGGCUCCUGUCUGGUGUCUUGGACGUGACCAGCCUGAGCCUCCUGAGUGACAAGAAGGGCCUGACGCGGAGGGAGAGGCUGGAGCUACGGCGGCGGACCAUCCUGCUGCUGUACUAUCUGCUGCGCUCCCCGUUCUAUAACCGCUUCUCAGAGGCCAAGAUCCUCUUCCUGCUCCAGCUGCUGGCAGACCGUGUCCCCGGUGGCAGCCUGGUGGCGAAGCCGCUCAUGGAUUACCUGCCUACCUGGCAGAAGAUCUACUUCUACACCUGGGGCUGACAGACCUCCGGGAGGGGCGGGGUGCGGGCUGCCACUCUGGGCAGGGCCCGCCUCAGCCUUUGGUGCCCCCGGCCCUCUUUCCUAAUAAAACUGACUGGCAGUGUCCAAGCCUGUGGUCUCUCCAUGCCCCACCACCCAGG